UUCAACGACGCAGGCCUUAGGCUGCACACCAUUACCACAUGUGACGACUCGGUUUGUCGCUUGUCUUCCAUCUGGCGAUAUACACCCUUUGCCGUUGCUUCCGCUGGGUCAACUUGACCGAGGAAGCAGGUGGAGGAUUCACCGCGUCUUUGCAGCACUGCUGUAGGAACACGAACGAGUGUGGGCACUCCGUUGCGCUACUUGAGAAGGUCCUGCAUACUGCAUACAACAAGAGGUCGUGCAUCACACUCGGGGCGAGGGGGGAAGGGGGUGCAGUUUUUAAAGCAUGUCGGAGAGUGAUGGAGGCGGCGGGACUCAGCACGGCGGCGGUGGUCGCAAACGAGCCAACUCAUCGUCGACGGGGGGAAGAAACAGCCCAUCCCCGCCCAGAAACGCCUCCGUAAGCUCCGCCUCCGGUGCCUCGGUCACCUCCGCGCCUUCUCCGGCCCCAGCUUCGGCCCCGGGACCCACCAGCAAGAAGAAGCAGAAGAAGGGUUCCAGGGGGUCUAGCACGGGGUCCCAGGCCUACACUCCUCCGGCAAGUGGGGUGGUUAUUUCACGGUCUGCCGAAGACUGCGCACCUCAGCUUACCAUGCCUCAUAAGGAUCAGCUGACGGUGACCGGGCACAAAGGUUUCCGCAUGGCGCGGGCGACAAAGGGCGUCUCGAACGGGACAUGGUACUGGGAAUGCACGGUCCUUCCUCCGGAGACGACGGAGGGCCACUGCCGCCUGGGCUGGUCCCUCCCGGCGGGAAAGCUACAAGGACCAGUCGGCUACGACAAGUUCAGCUACGCCUACAGAGAUAUCGCCGGUUCCAAGGUUCACGAUUCCCUCCGCUCGGACAAUUACGGCGAGCCCUGGGGGCCCGGAGAUGUGAUCGGGUUUCUCAUCAAGCUCAAGUCGCCCACACCAGAAGAGAUUAUCGAUACUGUCGGUGCGUCCUCCGACUCCGGUAGGAACGGCAUGACGGCUGCGGCUGCGGCUGCGGCGCUCGCGGCGGGGCAGUCUCCGAGCGAGCUGGCGGCGACAGCGGCGUCGGACACGGCGGCGGGCGACCCCUUCAACGAGAUUCGGUUCUUCAAGAACGGGAGGGAUCAGGGCGUCGCCUAUAGCGCCAUGAAGCCAGGCACCUAUUUCCCGGCGGUAUCUCUAUACAUGGGCGGAAGCGUGAGGGUAAACUUCGGCCCGGACUUCGUGUACCCCCCUCCGAGAUCCCUUGGCUACAAACCCGUGGCCGCCCUUAGGCCGUAUUCCAAGGACGAGAUGAAGUCCCAGCGCAAAGAAACCAAGCGCGAGCGAGCAGCAAGAGGCCUGGAGACGACGACACGCCAAACCGGCGGCGCCCCUCCCCUCCCAAGCCUGAGUGGCAGCACAACCAACAACGUAACCGGCAACAGCGCCUCGACCGCGGGGGCUUCCACCGCAGCGUCCGCGAUAAAUAACAACCCCAGCACCCCGGCUAGCGUAAGCAGUCGGGAAGGAGAUGAGAGCGAGGGCCGAGCUUCGCCGCCCCCCCCAGCGGACGCCGGCGGAGAGGGCGACAAGAGGCUGGAGGCAAGAGACAGCGCUGGAGACGGCAAGACGACGACGCCUUCUAUCUCUUCUUCUCCCACGGGAAAGGGCGCCGAGGGAGAGGUAGUCGGGAGCGAAAAGGCGGCGGCCGUGAUGCUCCCUCGGAAAGACGAGGGUUGCCCCGAGGGGCGGAAAGAAAAGGACGGCGAAGAAACGAGCGAGAAGGGCGGGGAGGAGGCACGGGGCAAGGUUUUCAAGGCGGAGGCGGCGACGUCUGCUGACGGCCAGAGGGGCGGUGGGGGCGGUUCGUCUCCCAUGGAGGUCGAGGGCAAAGGUGUCGAGGGUGAAGGGAAGGCGACGAUAUUGAAUAAGGAGCCUCGGUCCGCGACGGCGCUAGUCAGAAAUAGUGACGCGGGCGAACGCUCGGAAGGAAACACAAUGAGAAAAACCGGAGGAGCGAAGGAGCCGUCAUCGGCCACAGCCACUGCUGCUGUAGCCGCAGUAUCUGGCAAGGAGGCGGCAUCUCCGAUGGAUAUUGACGGAGAGAAAGACGGCGAAAAGAAUAACUAAGCAGAACGCGCCACCGCCUGUACUUUGCCUGUAUCUCCGCGAAAGACUCGUCCACGCCUAGGGGCAAUACUGGUAGAGGAAGAUGUCGCCGGGACAACGGUUUAAUUCUGUGCGAAAGGCUCGAUGGAUCUCAUCGAGGAUUCGCCGGCAGGGGAAGGGUAGGGGACGGUCAUGGUGGCCGGCUACCAGCCACUUGUGCUGGCCUGAGCUGGCGUGACGAUUUUUGCUGCUUUUUUUUCGUUCCGGUUUUCUGGGGAUUCCUCUCCGAAAUGGGCUCGAAAUUCAAGUGAACGUGAGACACUGUACCAUAGACCAAUGCAGUUAGCACAUGUCCAAGAUUGGUUUUGGUCCUGAAUCCUGGCGGAAAGCAUUGAUGGAGGGUUCAAGUGGAGAAACAAAUGUUGUGGAGGGUAAGAUGUUUCGAU